GAGCAUCUUCUCCAUUCAAUAGCCUUCUGACUGCCAGAGGAGCCACAAGCAGAGCUCAUCAGUGCUGACAUUGGAAGUAAACGGUACAUAUUGGAAUCAUAAAAUGUCAAAUCUUGUCAAGGCCGUACCAGUUAGCAUUAGCAGCAGGAGUGUCACCAUUCAGAUCACCAACCAAACCGAGAACUACACUCUGAUCAACCCAAAUGUAUGGCAAUAUAGUGGUUGUGCCCACAUCGAUCCUACCUCCCAUAUCAAGCCCAUGGAGAGUAAAGUCUGCUCCUUCAUUAAAACCAUGGGAGCAGCAGCAGGCUGCGUUGGUGUUCUGACCUAUGAAACUAAAAGGUUGCAGGGUAAAGGCUGUGAAGAGAUCUUAGCCAUCAUGUUUUCUGUGCCCUUUGACUACAACUUGUACAGUAACUGGUUUGCUGUGGGCAUCUAUGGUCAUGGCCGUGCCUGUAACAGGAGUCUGUUCAAAGACAUGUACUAUAAUAAGGAGAACCGUUUUACUAGGAGUAAGGCUGACUCAGAGAUCAUGUAUGAUGGAAAUGUCCUCAAUGUGAAGGCCAAAAUGCCUGAUGUGCUCAACACCAUCCUCACCUUGGAGCUGUGCGAAGAACCCAGUCUGAUAUCAACAUAUACUUCUCUUGAAUAACUCUGAGGUACAAGGAAGUAUGGAAAUCCCCAGAUCAAUUAAAUGCACUAGGCUAAUCUUUACUACCUAUCAUGUUAAUUAAUGCUUGAUGGCAAAAGAUUUUACUUUGUCUUAACCUACAUGUAUGAACACCUGUAUGUAAUAAUCACUGUUAAGCCUUUACUUCUAACUAUUUCUGUGUUCAUUAAAUUUGGGUUUACAAUAAACCUGUAUUGUGAACCCAGUUUCAAGACUUCAGUCCCCCAUUUCUUGAACCUGAGAGCGAUGAAUAACAUGGUAGUUUGGAUGAUGAGGUCUUUCUCAAACAGCUGCAUGUAGAUCUUUCUAGAUUCACUGUCACCAGACAAACUUGUGGCUGGGAUCUAAUAUAUAAGGAUAUUUGA